CCCGACCUCACCUUCUCCAUUCCACCAUCUUUCCCUGUCGACACUUGCUGGGCAUUUUAUUCUCUCCUUUCAUCCUUCCUUUUUCAACCCACAAAACGCUACAGCUUGCUGAGCACGUCCUCUCAUUACAACUUCCAGACAGCCCUCUUUGAUCUGUCUCAUUCCACUCACUCACCACUUUCGUCACUCAGCCAGUUGCGAUAUACACCCUUCAUUUCACCAGGUGCUCCGGUAUCAGCACCCAUACAGUCCCUACUCAACCAGCAAGAGUCCCAGCGACCACUUUGAUACCCGUCUCAUACCGCACAAUCACCCGACCGUACAAUCAACCACCAUGAAGUUCUCCGCUGCCACCACUUUGGCUACCCUUCUGGGCGCCGCCUCGGCCGGCUCCAAGUCCGACGACAGAACCUUUGCCGUCCUCCGCUUCAACAACAAGCAGCUCGUCAAGACCCGUGUUGAUCCUAUCAUCAACCCCGGAAAGCCCGCGACCCACGUCCACGGCGUCAUGGGAGGAAGCAACUUUGGCAUGUCGGCCACUGGCGAGACUCUCUCGCAGUCCAAGUGUACCAACGCCAUGAUCAACGGCGAUAACAGCGCCUACUGGUUCCCGUCUCUUUACUUCCAGGACCCCAAGACCAAGGAGUUUGAGGCUGUCGAUGUUUUCUACGUCAACGUUUACUAUUUCUUCGAUGGCACUGAUGAUGAGAUCAAGGCCUUCCCCAAGGGCCUCCAGAUCUUCAGCGGUAAUUCCUCCGCUCGCGUUGCCCCGUCGUCCGGAGGCAAGCAGAACCUCGAGCCGGCGGACGGCCCCAUCCAGCCUGUUCAGUGGACUUGCCCCAGAUCCAACUACAACCCGCCGUCGUACCCUGCCAACUCGGACGGUACCACCGCCGGCAUCGUCGAUCCCAACAAUGACGGCUCCGGAGUUGGGUUCCCCGACCAGAACUGCGACGGCUACGCUUCUCCCCUCCGUGCCGAUGUCCACAUGCCUUCCUGCUACAACCCCAACGCUGCCCUGACCGACUACGAGAGCAUGGCCUGGCCCACCAACAAGGGCGCGUCGAAUAGCCGCCGCAAGAACUGCCCUGCCGGAUGGAUCCACGUUCCUCACAUGUUCUUCGAGGUCUACUGGGACACCCCCAAGUUUGCCAGCCGCUGGACGCCCGGCCAGGGCUCGCAGCCCUUUGUCCUCUCCAACGGUGAUGCCACCGGUUACAGUCUCCACGCCGACUUCAUCGCUGCUUGGGAUGAGAGCGUUCUCCAGCAAAUCAUUGACAACUGCAAUGCCGGCUCUUCUGGUAUGGACAAGUGCCCUGGUCUCCUCAAGGGCCUCAACACCAACAAGGACUGCACAAUCUCCUCCCCCGUUAACGAAGUUGUCGAUGGUCUCAUGAGCGCGCUCCCCGGCGACAACCUGCUCACCUCCUUCGGUUCUAUCGUCGGCGGUGGCAGCAGCAGCGGCAGCGGCAGUGGUUCUGUUGUCAAGCCUUCUGGUUCUUCUGCCUCGUCUGCUGCGACGGCUGCCUCUGCAAAGCCCUCUGCCGUCCAGCCUUCUGCCAGCAAGCCCGCCACCUCCGGCUACGUCAGCCAGGAGGAAGUUCCCAAGACAUCUGCCAUGGUUUCUUCCGAGCUUCCCAUUCAGGUCGCCCCUGAGAAGGCCAGCACCAAGGUUGCCGAGACGUCUGCCGCCGCCGCCGUCCCUACCACCAAUGCCAUCGCGCCCAAGCCCUCGGCAUCUGGGUGCUCCCGCAAGACCAGGACCGUUUACAAGACCGUCACCGUCACCUCUCCCGCAGAGGAGUCCAAGGCCGCUGCGACCCCCGCCGGCUCUACCGACAACUACAAGGCCCGUCGCCACGUCCACGAGCACGAGCACCUCCACCGCCACCGCAGCAACCGCAAGUAAGCGGCUUGUCCAUCGAACCUAUGCGCGCCACCAGCUUUUGUGGUUGCGCCUGUAUCAAACUUUUCUUCGUUAGACAAUCUAGGGCCGUGGCUGAGAUGGGAGUUUAAGACGUUGUUUUUUGGACAUUGGGACUCGGCGGGGUUGUUUGGAAAAGCAUCCCCGUUUUUGUGCGCGAGCACUCGCGCGAAUUUCUUUUUUGACGAUGAUGAUGAUCAGUUACAUACACACCUUUGAACCGGGGGAAAGCAAAGCUUGGGGGAACACGAGCAAGCUCAAGGGCAACUGGAUUCCGCUUCUUGUUUGUACCUUGGAACACAUACAUUUCGAUUCUUACACGGGUCUCUACAGACGAGGCACCACAUUUGGGAAGGGGUUUUGAGAAGUGGUUAUUUGCUUGGUAGUCAGAUAGACAAUUGAGCCAACCAGAUUAUCACCACUGACGAGUAAGCCGUGUGUGAAGUAUAAGGCGCCUGCGGCCCACC